GUGACGUCUAAUCUAGUGGACGGGCCGCUUCUUUAACAACAGCUUGUUUAGCUAUCUCGGUAGCUUGCUAGCCAACAGAGCCGAAACAUUGGAGCUCUUUAGACGCGUUCAGUGUAUAUUUUCUGUCUUUUAAAACAUACUUCUUUCGUAUAGCUAGUUGCCCUAUUUAAUUUCAUAUUUACGUUUUAAAUCGGGUAGCUAGCUGGCUGGAUAAAUUAGAUUAGCUCCUAGCUAGUCGUUAAUGCUAACCCGCUAGCUAACAUCCCAGACCAUGAACUCACUAAACUACUCUCGUCCUGCUAAAGAAGACGUUGUCGACUGGACGGAGAAAGAAGCUCUGCGGCUGAACAUUGGCAUGAAAGAUGAAGAGGAGGAUGUUUCCGUAAAAGGAGAGGAAGAAUCUUUCAGAAUGAAAGAGGAGGAUGAGGAGGCUAUCAGUAUCACGUUUAAAGAAGAGAAGAACGUUACAGUGAAAGACGAGAAAGAACCUUUUAGAGUGAAAGAUGAAGAGGGGAUAGAGGCUGUCACAGUGGAAGAAGAGGAGGUAGAAGCUUUCAGAAUUAAAAAGGAGGAAGAGGAGGCUAUCACCUCGAAAGAAGAAGAAGAGGAGGAGGAGGGUGUUAUAGUGAAAGAAGAGAAAGAACCCUUUGUAGUGGAAGAGGAGGCUAUCUUAAGAAAAGAGGAGGAGGACGUUUUGGAAGAGGAAGAAGAGGAGACUGAAGAUCUGAUUAACACCAGAGAGAGACCAGACUCUCACUCUGACAGCGGGAAGAGUCCUUCAGGGGAACCGGACCCAGAGACGCCCAAACCAGCGAGUCGGCAUCACUGCUCCCACUGUGGAAAGAGUUUUAGCUGGUUAGGGUACCUAAAACGACAUGAGAGAAAACACACAGGAGAAAAGCCUUUCCAAUGUUCCCACUGUGGAAAGAGAUUUACCUGGUUAGGAAGCCUAAGGGAACAUAAGAGAAUACACUCUGGAGAGAAACCUUACCACUGUUCCCAAUGUGGAAUGACUUUUGCCUGGUUAGGGAGCCUGAAAACGCAUGAGAGGUCACACACAGGGGAAAAACCUUUCCAAUGUUCCCAGUGUGGAAAGAGUUUUACCCAGUUAGGGAGCCUGAAGGAGCAUGAGAAGAUACACACAGGAGAAAAGCCUUUCCAAUGUUCCCAGUGUGGAAAGAGUUUUACCCAGUUAGGGAGCCUGAAGGAGCAUGAGAAGAUACACACAGGGGAAAAACCUUUCCAAUGCUCCCUUUGUGGAAAGAGUUUUACCCACUUAGGGAACCUAAAAGAGCAUGAGACAACACAUACACAAGAAAAGCCCUACCAAUGCUCCCUGUGCGGAAAGAGUUUUACCAAGUUAGGGGCCUUGAAUAGGCAUGACAGGACACACACAGGAGGGGAUAAGACGUACCACUGCUCCCUGUGUGGAAAGACAUUUAACCGAUUAAGACAUCUGAAUAAGCAUGAAAGAAUACAUACACAGAAGGAGAAGACUUACCACUGCUCUCACUGUGGAAAGACAUUUUCCCAGUCAGAGGACCUGAAAGCACAUGAGAGAAUAGAGAGGCUGUGUUCUGACUUAUGUUUUUGACUGAGAAUUUGUGUUUUUGUUCAUGCCACAUUAAAUCCUAUUGUUUAUAUGAACUCAUUAACAAAAUAGACCUUUGUUUUAGUUUAUCUGGAGACCUGAUCAUGUCUAAAAUCAGAUUAAAUACAAUUUUGUAUUCUGAUUUGAUUAUGAACUUUAAUGGAUACAACUAUAAACCCUCUAUUCUUUACAUUUUGGGGAUAUUAUUAUAUAGAUGAAUGGAGUUUGGGAUUUUAACGUUUAUCCUCUUGAAUUUGAUUUGAUCUGACUUUUCACUAAAUUAAUUUGAUUACAUGAUUUAGAUAUUGCACCAUGUAAAUGAUUAAAUGGAUUAAUAGAAUGUGCAUUUCUUGAUUUUUGAACUUUGAAACCUCUUGAAUUUAGUUGUUUUUGUUUCAUUGAGUUAAUUUGUUUACUAGUCGUCGAGCUAAAGGACUAUGAAAAUGUAAUGGUGUUUUUAUAAUAAAGUGGUUGACAUGAAAAACAUGAGUGUUCCCAUCAAUGUUAUUCCACUAUGUAGAAGCAGUAUAGAGAUAGUUGUUUAUUUUGAUAUUAUCUGUUGAAUCAGAAUUUGCGUUGAAUACAGAUGUGUAGUAGACGUGAAGUUUAUUUUAAAUUCUCUCAACAAAAAUUCAUUGAUCAACCAAAGCUUCUCUUUGUAAGUCUCAAUAUAAUAUUAAACUUUUGAAACAAAUGAAAAAUAAACUUGGUCUGAAAAUCAAAUAUUUUCCUCAACUGUGUUACCCACUUCAGUCAGCGAUGUGCAUCUUUCAGGCGAUGUUUCUAGCGUGACAUAUGAUCUAGUGUACCGGAUGCUUCUUUGUAAAAAAAAUAAUAAAAAAAUAUGAAAUAAU